AGGCCGACAGAUCCCGUUGUUUCAGCGCUAUAUCUUCGUGUCCCUCCCAGAGCACAGCUUCGCCUCUUUGCAGUCCAACAUUUUCGAGCGUUUUCUUUUACUCUCAAACUCAACGAAGAGAAAAAUCAGGUGAAGUUUACGAAGAAGAUGUCGUGGCAAGCAUAUGUAGAUGAACACUUGAUGUGCGAUAUUGAAGGCAACCAUCUCUCUUCCGCCGCCAUCGUCGGCCACGACGGCAGCAUUUGGGCCCAAAGCUCCAAUUUCCCCCAGUUCAAACAAGAAGAAAUUGAUGCAAUCAUGAAUGACUUUGCUGAACCUGGAUCACUUGCUCCAACUGGAUUGUAUCUCGGUGGCACAAAAUACAUGGUGAUCCAAGGUGAACCGGGAGCUGUUAUUCGAGGGAAGAAGGGACCUGCAGGUAUUACUAUUAAAAAGUCCAAUAUGGCCUUGCUCAUCGGAAUAUACGAUGAACCAAUGACUCCCGGCCAAUGCAACAUGGUUGUCGAAAGGCUCGGUGAUUAUCUUGUUGAACAGGGUUAUUGAUCUUUGUUGGUGUGCCUUAUUUGUUUCAAUUCUUCUUUAUUUCUGUACAAACUUGUAUCCGCUACUUCCCGAAGUAUUGGCCGGAUGCAGUUGAAUAAUAGUAUUACUAGUUACUAGUAUUAAACUCGUUCGGAACCUUUUUCCGUAACAUAAUGCUCGGUGUUUGUAAUGGUGAUACUACUGUUAAACUUUUGUUACAUCUGCAAUGUAUACUCAUGUUGGUUUUUGGUUUGGGACUUUG